AUGAUCCGCUUCUCAUCACCUGCGGUUGCCAUAUCUCGCUUGCAUCGGCUGGGCAAUCAUCAGACCACAAGUUUUCUAUUCUCACGAGUGAAUUCCCGAACAUUCACAUCCUCAUCUCCUGCAAUGGCUAAAUUAGACAUCAAAAUCCCUAAUAUGGAGCUGCCAGAUGGCAACAAGAUACCAUUCAUUGGAUACGGCUUGGGCACAGCAUGGUACAAGACCAGUGCGGAUGCUCCCAAGGACCAAGCAACGAUCGAUGCCACGAAAACCGCCAUCAAGGUCGGCUAUCGACAUAUCGAUGGAGCCGAAGUCUACAACACUGAAGUGGAAUUGGGCGAGGCGGUCAAGGAGAGCAAAAUCCCCCGCGAUCAGCUCUUUAUCACGACCAAAGUCAUCACGCAUAUCGACGACAUCCCAGGUGCCAUUGACCGAAGUCUGAAGAACAUGGGGCUGGAUUACGUUGACCUGUACCUCAUCCAUGCCCCCUUUUUUGCCAAAGGCGACGACAAGCUGCUCCAGCAAAAAUGGGCGGACAUGGAACAGGUUGCAGCUUCGGGCAAGGCCAAGAGCAUCGGAGUCAGCAACUUCCUCAAGCCUCACCUGGAUGCUAUCCUUCAGACAUGCAAAGUUCGACCGGCGAUUAACCAGAUUGAAUUCCACCCCUACCUGCAGCACGGAGACCUGCUUGCUUACCACAAGAACAAAGAUAUCCGCGUUGCCGCCUACGGACCACUUACCCCCGUCAGCAGGGCCAAGGGAGGCCCGGUCGAUGGCUUGUUAGAAGCAUUGGCCAAGAAAUAUGCCGUCAAUCCGGGAGAGAUACUGUUGAGAUGGUGCAUUGACCAGAAUGUUCUGCCCAUCAGCACCAGCUCGAAGGAACAACGGAUGAGUGACAUGCUGCGAGUCUUUACUUUUGAACUGACUCCGAAAGAAGUCGAGGAGAUUUCUGUGGAAGGCAACAAGAAGCAUUUUAGGGCAUUCUGGGGCCAUAUCUUUGACGCGGAGGACCGGUCAUAG